AUGGCUGUACCCCCGCCAGAUAGCUCUUACACCCCACCUCACACUCCCUUGAUCGAAGAAUCUCCAUUUAUCAGCGACUCCAUGGAGGAUCUUGAUCCCCAGGCGACCCGGAAACGUCCGCGUCUCGACAGUGGAAGUCGCGUCAGUCCGACCUUAUCGUUGGAUGGAACCUCGCGUACUGCCUCCAUCGCACCUGCCUCAGACAUGGACGAGGCCUCGGAUUCUGGAAAUCCAGCUAACAAAGUUACCAUUAACACAAAAUCCCCUACAUCUACCAUGCCUCCCUCCCUCCCUCCUCCCUCCGACCCUGAGCUCUCCGGUAGCGAUCUGGAGCUCCUACCAAAUCCCGACACAGCUCCCGACCCCAUUUCAGUUUCCUCCUCACCUUCCUCACCUCGAAGUCCUGAAAUCGAAGUUGCGGAACCGGAAGAUAUCAACCAAGACCCGAACACCUCAAAUUGGAAAUCACUGGGCCAGAUGGUGCGGGAUCAAGAUGAGCCCGAAGUGAUAGAGAUCCAGGACGUGACUCCUCUGUCCGAGUCGUUCCCCAAAGUACACAUUCAGUUGACACCUCGAGAGAACUUCAAGGCACUUGGUGAUAUGCUUGAGAAUGGUAAUAAAAGGCUCCGCUCAACGAGACUUGACCAGAUACUAAUCCAGCAAAUAGGACACCUACGGGAAGGCACGGCGCUUGCUACAAUAAAAGACUGGCUUCACACUUGUGCGCGCGAUCUUGAUCGGGUCACAAUCGAGGAAUUUGCCGCCGAUCUCGAUUUCUGGGAAUAUCUGCCCUCCGUGCUGGACCGUCUUUUGCGCCGACAACAUGACCUGCAGCUAGACGGCAUCGAAGACCCCUCCAGUUUCUUCGAACAAUAUCUUCUCGAUUAUGCCCGGAUUGUCCUUCAUCUUGUUCGAUUGGACACCGCGCUUCUCAGUGCUAUUGACGAAUAUGGCAAAGACGUCGAAAUGCCUCCAAGCACCUGUCGACGAUAUCUUCAUAGCUUCCCUUGGAUGUUCCAUGGCGGUCAAAUUCCCUUUUUCCGGGUCCUGGAAAACCAGUUCCGCACUGGAACUCCCAAUCUUUCUGCUCGACUGAAAGCUCAGAUCUCAGCCCCUCCGUUUGAUGCACCCGGCGUACUUAUGCAAUAUACUUCGCACCUGCUUGCAUUGCUCCCGAAGUGUCCGCAGAUAGUCACCAUGCUUUCAGCGCCUUUGCUCAACAUCCUCGCAUUUUUUGAAUGUGGCACAAAGAAGAACCAAAAUGGUGGUUCUGAUUCUCCCAUUGACCUACUUGCCGAUUCAACUAGCCUUCAGCCUUUCUACGAAACGGUUCGAGGAAUUGACAAAGUGUACCAGACAUUUGUUGAAAAGAAGUCGCAACUGGCCACCAGUGAAUUGAGCGAUAGCCUUCUGAACCUAAUCUUCCGCAGCUACCGUUUCCUUUGCUUCGGUUUCCCGGAAUUUUCACUCCAACUUGCCCAAGAAUUGUCGAUUAAAGUACCCGAGGACGCAGAUGCAGAGCAGGCCGCCUUCUGUGUUAUUUACACAUGGAAAUUCGACACCCUAAAAAAGCAAAUCAUGGAAGGUCGGAUGGAGCUUCGUGUCCAUGGAGUGGAAAUGAUGCAAUCAGACCUGGUCACCAUCUGGACUGACAAACUAUCUCAGAAUGGCGAUGGGAUCGAGACGGCGUUUUUGAAAUACUUGGUUGAAUAUCUUCGGGAAAUCAAGAUCCUCGAUUAUCUUGUGGGCAUCGACUCACACCCACAGUUGAUCAGCCGCAGCAGUAACAUCUUUGGAUUUCUGAUUGUGAUGGGGAGAUACACGGACCACGACACGGAUGCUAUCUGGAAAACCGUUACCGAGAGCCAAGAUGACCGCACCGUCUGCGAGGUCAUUUCCAUGCUCGCGCGAACCUUUCCCAUGCACCUGUCGAGGUCUAAAGCGUUGCUCUAUUUGUGCUCAAAAUUGCUCGAGUUUCCCUUGGAUCGCUUCGACAGUCGCAUAAUAGAUUUCUGUGAGCAGCUGGUGCCUCGUAUGCGCGAAUGGCAACAGGAUCGCGAUCGGGACUAUCGCAACAUGUCUAGUGAGGAGUAUGUCGAUUCUAUUCCACUGAAGCUCUGCAUCCGCCUAAUCCGGGAGAGCUCGGGGGCAAAGGACCUGCCUCUGGAACAAAAGGAACUUAUGCAGGGAUUUGGAAGCGAGCAGCUCGGACAGUUCAUCAAGGCUGGACUCAAUGAAACCGACAUGGCGGAGACGUAUGAGCGGUGCAUUCAGGACAUUGGAGAGAUGAAUGAGUGCACUGCGGGCAGCAUCCAAGUGCUGAAUGCACUAGUACCCCGUGAUGACGCACGAGAGCUUUGGAAACUUGCGACCGAUUUUGACUUGACGCGCUUGGUGAUAAUCGAACUUCACCAUCUCGUCAGUGAAGACCACGCGAAGCUUAAGCAUCCGUCUUUCAAGCACGACUUUGCCUCGCGGGUGGAAAUCCUGCGGCGUCUUAUUGAUCUGGCCCCAGACACCAUCACACCUGAUCUCGGGAAGACACUCUGGGAGGAGAUUUUCAUGUCCAAGAACCUGGCCCCCCAGGAGCGUCAAACCAUUUGGAAAAUGAUGGUUGAUCUCACCAACCGUACCGCCAAAGAGAACCAAUUUCUUGAACUAUGCAUUCAUGAGUAUCUACCAGAUGUGCUUCCCAAGGAUUACUCGCGCGAGGUAUUGUGGUUCGCUCAGCAGUCGGUCCACUAUGAGAUUCGAAUCCAGUCACCUCCCAUUGUCGGGGAAAAUGAAGUCAUAUCUAUUCCUGGAAUGGAUCGGAUUUGGAACUUCAUACUGACGGCACCUCCGCAAUCGAUCGAAGCCGAGGCUAUUAAGUUCGCCAUCGAUAGCUACCUGGACCACGGUAUUGUUCACAGAUCACCCCGAUCGGCUGUUGACGCUACUCAUAUUGCUCUUGUCAAUCGCUGCGUGGACCAACUAAAGUCUGCCGCUAUCGCGUUGAACCCGCCUUGCAAUGGAACAACCAAUGGCGGUGCUUCUAUGGAUAUCGACAAUUCCAAUGCCGCUGUCGGAACCGAUGAACUUAUAUUCAGCCGGUCUCUACAUUUCCUUCGUCAGUUGCUCCAUGGAUUGCGAACUCGGCCACAGUACAGCUCCCCUCGUGGCUCUCCGCCUACCCUUCCGGAACGUCCUCUGAAAGGCGAGCCCAUCGAAUUUCGAUAUCAAUGUUUCAAUGGCACUGGCGUACCUAAGAUCUCCUCAAAGCGCAUUGGUAGCCUCUCCACGGCUGCCGAGUUUGUGGAAAUGCUCGUGCAGCUGAGUCGAUUCUCUAAGUUUACUACUAUCCUCGGCGGACAGAAGGUCGAGUUGCUACAAGAUCCAGAGACACCUGUGAAAAACUUGAAGCUGUCUUCAGGUUUACUCAUCAUUCGAAAGGCGCCUGAUGCCCAUGAAAUCAGAUGGGCUGGGAGUAGGCAGUCUCUCACAGCAGUGGACAACGAAGUGCUGAAGCACUUCGACGAGCUGUAUGAUAUGCUUGACCUCAAGGAUGACUUGGCUCGACAGAUCAUUGACUUCCUGGUUAGCUUCCCGCCUCAAGCACGGGCCCUCGAACUUGUUCGAUCCAGCAGCAAUACCGAGAAAGACAUGCUCCCGUUGCAAAGACCUUACAAGGCCUUGUACUCCUUGAAUACACUGUCAAUGUGUCUUCACGAGGAGGCUGCAGAGAUGUCUCCAAACCAAGAUUUUGUGUCUCAUAGCAACCGGGUCUUGGUUGCGUUCCUGACGUCAGAAGAGCUGUUCAGCUCUCUUUCUGGUAACUCGAUCACCACUGUACUGGCUACGAGAGCCAUCGAAUGUCUUCUGCUGGCUAUAUCUGUCUAUGGCCCGACUGAUGACGAGGCCCUUCUUAUUGCUGAUCCAAAGUCUUUGGUCCGACGCGUUCUUGAGCUGCUCGAAAUUGGCCGUACGAGCCCGACCGAUCCACCGGCUGGUACAUGUGCCCAAAGUUUGGUUUGCAAUUCCUUUGCGGUCCUAGUUGAGGGCUCGUUGCGCGACAUCAAUGUCUGGAAUGCUGUCAAACAGCACGCACAGUUUGAUGCCUUGAUCCUAUCUUUACUCCUGGAAGAAAAGCGAAAGCCAAUCCGGACUGAUAUUCUGGAACGCUUGAAGAUAACCUGCGGCCCACUGAAACCGUUUAAGCUGUCAAUGCAGAAGCUUGAUACGGAAUCUCCUGCCGCGGAGAACCCCAACCGGAUUGAUAUGCUUGCUACUCUUUGGUCUUCAUUUUUGCAAGUGAUACCCAAGACCCUUGAACAUGUUGCCCAGUCGGAGGAGUUCUUCAACGCUGCUCUAUGGAUGUUCCGCGUAGUCGCACAGAAAUCACCAAAGGACUUGAUCUUCAACGACUACCUUCAACAAUGGAGUGCAGUUAUGCUCACUCACCAGACAGAAGAGUUUGUUGGGCGUGAGCCGGCAGAUAAUUUGGUCAUCGGGCUUUCUGCUUUGUUAGAAUGGUGUCUGGAAUUGGCCAACGCCGCGGGCGUCACUCUGAACACUUUGAACAUUGCCGAGGACAUAUUCAACAAAUCCCUGUACCCAGAUUUCUCACCAGACACGGUGGAGCAUGCAGUCCCUCAGGUUCCAGUCAUGCACAGCUACACUCGCUCGAACCUUUACAAUGUCGUGAACUUGUUGUGCAAGCAGAGCGAUGAGACUUAUUGUCAAGUUUUGGAGCUCCUCAACACAAACGUUCCACGAGACUCCCCUUAUCUGGACUAUGGCUAUAAUAGAUCGCUAAUGCUCCGGUCCCCGGAAGGCUAUGCGGGCCUCAAGAAUUUCUCGAACACAUGUUACCUCAACUCUCUCGUGACGCAGCUUUUCAUGAAUAUUGAGUUCCGAGACUUUAUCCUGAACCUCCCCAUUGCUGAUCGGAUCUCCCAAAAGCUUCUCUAUGAAACCCAGCGACUAUUUACAUGGAUGCAGGAGACCUGGAGCAAGAGCAUUGAGCCUUCGGACUUUGUGAAAAGCAUUCUCACCUACGACAACGAGGAGAUCGAUGUGACCGUCCAGAUGGAUGUUGAUGAGUUCUACAAUCUUCUGUUUGACCGUUGGGAGGCUCAAGUUCUCGAUUCCGAAAAGAAGAAGAAGUUCCGGUCUUUCUAUGGAGGGCAGCUUGUUCAGCAAAUCAAGUCAAUGGAAUGCGAUCAUAUCUCGGAAAGACUUGAGCCAUUCUCUGCAAUCCAGUGCGAGAUCAAAGGGAAGGCGACUCUUGAAGACAGUUUGCGGGCCUACGUUGCAGGCGAGGUGAUGCAGGGAGAUAACAAAUACUCUUGUACCUCCUGUGGCCGGCAUGUGGAUGCUGUGAAGCGUGCUUGCCUGAAAGAUGUUCCUGACAAUUUGAUCUUCCACCUGAAACGGUUUGACUUCGACAUGGUGCAUAUGCUGAGAAGCAAGAUUAAUGACGAGUUCCAAUUCCCUCACCACAUUGACAUGACUCCCUACACGGUCGAGCACCUCUCUGAUCCGGAGCAGACUAUUGCACCGGAUAUCUUUGAAUUGGUUGGCGUUCUUGUGCACACUGGCACAGCCGAAUCGGGCCACUACUACUCAUAUACCCUUGAACGCCCAUCGUCUGGUGGUGAAGCAAAUUGGGUUGAGUUCAACGACUCCGAUGUCAGCAAAUUCGACCCUAGCACAAUCGCAAGUCAAUGCUUUGGUGGCCCGAGUGAUACGUUGCAGUUCAUGAAUGGAGCCCCCAAAAUCAAGCCAUGGAAUGCAUACAUGCUGUUCUACCAACGUGUGUCCACGAUCGAGAAGUCGAAAGAAAUCUUCAAGCCAACGAAGCCCGACAUCCCUAUACACCUGCCGGUGUCCAUUUCGACUCAGAACUACAUUGCCAUGGACAACGAAAUGCUCGUUCGGAUUUACUGUCUCCUGGACCCACAAUACGCAUACUUCGUGGGCAGAUUGCUUCAGCGGUGGCCUGACAUGGGAACGGAAAAUGUCAACAAGACUAGGGCAGAGUCAUUGGUAAUCAAUGUCGGAAUGGAUACUAUUGAGCAAUUGGUCACGCGUACCAAGUAUUGCCAAGGACACCAGGAGAUUUACAGCGAACUCGUCGACAUGAUCAACAAAAGCCCCAAUGCGGCUCAAUCGGUGCUUGAAUGGGUUAUCAAUCGGCCAACCUCAAUGUACAACCUCAUGAUGAAGCCACCGAAUGCAGAACUCCGAAACAAGGGACUUCUGCUGAUCAGUUAUGCCCUAAGACAUCUCCACUUGAUGUCGACAAGCCAGGAUCUCAAUGAAGAAGAACGGAUUUCAUGGCGUGACCGAUUCGAUGAAGCCAUUCAGCAAAUUGUGCCUAUGAUGGCAGGUAUCUGGCCCGACGUUCAACCCGCUUCUCGAGUUUGGGAUGACUACUUUGGCUUCUUAUUGAAGCUUUGCACCUAUGGCCCGGAUAUCAUCCACGUCCUACUCCAGCAUGGUCAUUUUGCUGCCUGUUUGGAGAUUCUCUGGAUCGAUGAAGACGAUAGUAUGAAAUUGCGGAUCCGGUAUCCCAAUUACAUCCGUGUCUUGAGCAAAGGACGUCGGUUUAACUACCUGCUUCUGCUGUCAUUGUGCUUGGUCUUCUUCAAACACGUUGACCUUUCGCUCCGCCCAACUCCCAUUGGCGGAGAACGGCGGUUUUUGAAUGGCAAGUUCUCCGCCAGUGUUAGAGAAAUGGAACUCAUCCGGCCCAUCGAACCUGAGGGGUCCCUGUCGAUUUUGUUGAAGCUGCUGAAGCAUGAGGCUCUUGCGAAGAACCAGACUACUCGCGCGAUUCUUGGAGUUCUAUUGGACGGAGAGCCUGAAGCAGAUCUGCUGACUCCCAUUCAAUCGACACUGGAAAAUGGCGUCAGACUCGAACCUGCCGUCCAGUGCACACCAUUCCUGGAGGCUGCCACAACGUUCUGUGAGCGUUGUCCGGAUAAGGAGCUAGUCAUUCACAUGAUCGACUUCAUUGCCAAGGGGAUGGAUAGCAUUGACAACAGUGGCGGCCAGGAGCACAUGGACUUCUUCAUGUGUCUUUGCCGCGGUACUAACAAGCGGCUCAACAUGGAUUCUGCCGACUUUACCGAGCUUGUUCUUGACUAUAUCCCGGUCUGGGCCCCGACCUUGCUCAUUGAUAAGGACGAGUCUGUUCGUCGCAAUAUGCAGAAUAUCAUCGAAGAGAUGGUAUUCAACGAUAAUACCGUGGAGGGCAACACAGAGGACUCCGAACAGAAUGCCGAAUACCAGGCCAUCUACACACGAGAGCGACGCCGUAACAUUUGUCGUCGGCUGCCGAAUGCCUGCCUUGAGCGACUCAAGUCGGCAUUCCUGGCCGAUCAGAUCAGUCAUAUUGACGCCAGAUUGCUUGGGAACAUUACCCCGGUGAUCAACUAUUGUCUGGCUACUUUCUAUGACGACUCUGAGACGGACCAGCAAGAAGUUCAACAGGCCCAGGAACUCCUCUCCCUGCUUAAGUCGAUGUCGCUCGAAGAAGUCCCCGAUGACCCGCCUUCCGAAUCGGACGUGGCCUCAGUCGAGGAAUGGGAUGCAAACUCGGUGAUCCCAAGUGAUUCCGAAAUGGGAGUCGCUGGAUCUCCUUAG